AUGUAUACAACAACAGACCUCAUACAGACGCGGGUCGCUCCAGCACACUUGUUUGUUAUUGUCUACUUUCUACAGUGGUUGUUUGUGGCGAGUACCGCAUCUGGCGAGAGUGUUCAUGCGAUCUUCAAAAUAUCGAAAUCUGGAGAUGCACCCUUCUUCAAACAAGCUGAGAGGCACUGCGAGCGCGCUAAAAUGCGUCUUGCGACGCCGACGACGGCAAAGGGGGCGACUGCUGUGAAGAAGUUGCUGAAACGCUGCGGUCCAUCUGAUGUACCCGUACUUGGCGGUGGCCUAAGCGUGCGAUGCAGCAGUAACUCUUUUUUCUUCUUGUGGUCACCGAAACUGGAUGAACCCAAGUACCCUGUUGAGGACACAGCACCAUACUGCGGGGAACGCGAUCCGCGAGGGUGGGGGACCAAGUGUGUGACAAGGAACAGGAGUGCGGGGAGGUUAUUUUACCAAUUUCAUACAUCUGAGGGCGAGAAAGGGAACUGUACCGGACCUGUGACAAUGGACUAUGACCCGGCGAUUCUCUAUGAAUUGGAGGUCCCUAGUGCUGGUGAGGAGGGUCUCCUCGCAUGGGUUGUCUCGCGUGGUGGCAAGAACGGAAGCACUGCUGCGCUUAGGAGCCUUCGAUCAGACUUGGAGGACACAUCCCGCGCAUACAUUGGAGAUUCGAGCAAAAUGAUCGAGUACGUCCUGUGUGAGGGUGGAAGGUCCUCCGUCGUGUCUUCCACAUCAUGCUAUUCCGUUCCUUUUAUCCUAUCAGUUGCAAGUAGCGAUGACAAGUCGCAUUUUGAUCAUCGGCACAACGUCACUAUUGGUAUAUUGGUUUUAAUUGUUUUAAUUUUAAUUAUUGUAGCCGCUUUCUUAAUUUUGUGGCUCCUUUCACGGAACCGUCCGGCAGGUGAUGUUGAGGAAAACCGGCGCAACGGAUCAGAUGUACAGAGAACUGUCGUUGAGUCGGUUGGUGAUUUAGGUGGAACUGUUAGAUCCGAAAGCUACUCGGGGCGAGGUAGCAAGUCGGGUGACAAUCUUUGUCGUCCGGAAAAUGUAAACGGUAAUUGUCCCCAGGUGAAUAAUGGAUUCUGUGUUAACGGAUCCCCCCAACAAGAAAAUUUGCAAAUGAAUGCCCCUGGACAACAACCAAAUUUUAACUACCACAGCACAACACCCGAAAUACAAACAUACAGUGGCGAAAUGGAACUACGGACUAACUUUGGUGGUCCUAUCUUGUACCGCCAAGGAAGCUUCAGACAAAAUAUAACCUCCGACGUCAAUCCAACACCGCUAAGCGCCACACAGCGUCCUGGGAGCUUCCGUGGCUCAAGCCCCAACCAUCAGGGUUGUUUCAACCGUAGUGAUGUAUUUCGUGAGCCUAGUCUCUAUGGUGAAUCUCCUCCUCACGGUGAUCCACGCUUGGGUUUAAACCAUCCUCGGGACAUUGGCUACGACAGGGGAAAUGCCCCGGAGCAGGUGAGCCUUUCUUCGGUCGGUAUGGCCCAACAGGGCAACUUUGCAAACGUUGGUGCACGUGGCGGGAACUUCCGAGGAAUAAACCGCAACCAACAAGGAAGUUUCCGCAACUCGAACCCGCCGUCUGGUGGUUUGUUUAACACGUAG